AUGGAUGAGGAUUAUGACGUAAUUGUACUUGGGACUGGGUUAACAGAGUGUAUUCUAUCUGGGCUGCUCAGCGUAGAUGGCCAGAAGGUAUUGCAUAUUGACAGGAAUGAUUAUUAUGGCGGUGAAUCAGCCUCAUUGAAUCUCACUCAACUUUACAAGAAAUUCAAGGACACGGCUCCACCUUCAGAACUCGGAAGAGACCGCGACUACGCAAUCGAUUUGAUCCCAAAGUUUAUCCUUGCUUCUGGUGAACUGACAAAGAUUUUGGUCCACACUGAUGUCACUAGAUACCUCGAAUUCAAGCAGAUUGCAGGCUCUUUUGUCCUCCGUGAUAAGACCGUAUCCAAAGUCCCUAGCACCGAAUACGAAGCUGUCCGUUCGAGCUUGAUGGGGUUAUUCGAGAAGAGGCGCGCAAGAAAUUUCUUCCUCUUUAUCCAGAACUACCGCGACGAUGAUCCCAGCACUCACAGCGGCAUCGACCUCGACUCUCACCCCAUGCAGGCCGUGUAUAACAAGUUCGGGCUUGAGGCAGGUACCCAAGACUUCAUUGGCCAUGCUAUGGCUCUCUACCUCGACGAUUCAUACAAGCAGAAACCUGCACGUGAGACUUACGAGAGAAUUCUCCUGUAUACCUCCUCCAUGGCGAGAUACGGCAAAUCACCUUAUAUCUAUCCUCUCUACGGUCUCGGUGAGCUCCCACAGGCUUUUGCGCGUCUGUCGGCUAUCUACGGCGGUACUUAUAUGCUCGAUAAACCCAUCGACGAGGUUGUUUUGGAUGAAAACGGCAAAUUUACAGGUGUUAGGUCGGGCGAUGAGACAGUACGCGCGAAGAAGGUUAUCGGUGAUCCGUCCUACUUUAUGAGUAGCACCGAGCAACCGCACCCGCGCGUCAAAGAAGUGGGCAAGGUCGUUAGAGCUAUCUGUCUCCUCAAACACCCCAUCCCAAACACGGACAACAGCGACUCGGCGCAGCUCAUUAUCCCACAGAACCAGGUGGGCAGAAAGAACGACAUCUACAUUGCAGCUGUCUCCUCAUCUCACAAUGUAUGCGCUAAGGAUGUUUAUGUGGCUAUCGUGUCGACUGUGGUGGAGACAUCCGCACCUGAAGCUGAACUUCUUUCAGCGUACAAAUUACUGGGACCUAUUCACGAUAAAUUCGUCAGCGUAAAUCCACUCUAUGAGCCAACUGGCAGCGGUGAAGAGGACAACAUAUUCAUUUCGCGCUCUUUCGAUGCAACGUCUCACUUCGAGACCGUGGUGGAUGACGUCAAGGAUAUCUGGAAGAGAGUUACGCAAAAGGAUCUCAUCCUCGAGAAGAAGACGGAGCCCGAGAUCAAUGAGAAUCAAUUAUGA